UACUCCCCUCGAUUUCCCCAAAGGUAGAAUAAGCACCAUCAUCAUUAUCAACAUCCUUCAAAGCAUCUCAACAAACGAUCUCUCAACUCUCUCUUGAUAUCAAAGUAUCAUCGCCAUUCAGUAUAAUAACCUCACUCGAUAAAUCAUCAGACGUCGUCUCUGAUCUCAAACAUUUCAUCGAUAACAUAUCCGUACUUCGACCACUCCCACCAAAAUGUGUUUUUUCGAUCAGUGCCAAUUCGUCUGUGGUGACUACAAGUGGGGUCACUUUCGACAACAUUGUGCCAAAGAAUACCGUACAGGCGAAACCUGUGGCAUGAAAUUGGUCAUGACCACAUACCAGAGUCAUGAAAAGUGCAAAAUUUGCACGAAGAUCGAAACAAAAUGGGGCCGUAUCCAGAAGGAGCAAGAGCGUGUACUUCGAUGGAAGAAGGAAAACGGAAAGAGUCGCCAACACUCAAUCGAGGCGUCAGAGGAGAAGAUCCGUGACCUGCAACAAGAGGUCAAUAGUCUCGAAUGGCAACGCUCGCAGAAUGCUUUAGCUUUGUGAUGAAACUUUCCACACAACACGAUAGCACUGAACUAGCGAACUAUUUUGUCGCGUUUCGAACUUUUUUCAUAGGGUUGUCUUUCUUUUGAUGGAGUGAAAUGAUGGAACGGAAGAGUGGUCUUUCAUUUAAGGAUGUAUUGGAAAUGAUUGGUUUCUGGAGACAGAUGAUGGAAUUGUUUUGGAAUUAGAUAGUCUCACGACUUAACGAUGAAACGAUCAUUUGAACAAGUUCCUUGAAUUUGCCAAUAAUUUGCCAAUGACUUGUGGAUAUGGCUUUAUUCUGUUAAUCGAACCGACAAUCUGGUCAAAUGUUGAGGGGGCCAUUUGAUGUUGACCGGGCGCUUAGAUGAAGAAAUUGGGCGGCUCGGGAAAUGAGUGCAUGCGAGCUAAAUGCAAGCUUCCUUGAACUUUCGGGAAAUUGAGGCACCAUCCGAAAUCAUAAGAGGCGAUCAUAUCAAAAGACUUGUCGGAGAAUUUGGCCGUCGAUGAUGAUCAAUAUCCUUACGAUAAUGAAGAAAUCCCACUUGAAUGUUCCUUCUUGUGGGUCGCGAUCUAUAUAUGUACGUAGCGAAGUCUCGUUCUGUAGGUAUGUAUGUGCUGUGAUGCUGUGUAAAACUUUUCCUAUUGCAAUUAGCCUAAUGUGCAUUCUCAACCAUACACACC